AUGCUCUUCAAGUCUUUCACUUUCCUCAGCAUCGCCUCUGUCGCCAUUGCUCAUGGCAGCCAUGACCAAGAGCCGAUGGAGGGACCUCACCAAUCUCUCUGGUACAAUACGCUCCCUGGUGAUGGUGGAACUCAGGCCGACUCUGUCUUCUCAGGUAUCAGCACCUUUGGUCGCCUUCCCUAUCAGCCCUGUCUAGGACACAACAGCAUCAAAUAUGACAUCGCUUUCAUCGGUGCACCAUUCGACACAGGCACUUCCUACAGACCCGGUGCUCGCUUCGGUCCUUCUGGUAUCCGACAGGGCUCACGACGACUAAACCUUUAUGGAGGUUAUAAUGUACCCCUAGCCACGAACCCUUUCAACAGUUGGGCAACUGUCCUAGACUGCGGUGAUAUCCCAGUCACUUCUUACGAUAACCAGUUCGCACUCCAGCAGAUUGAAGAGGGCCAUUACAGUAUCCUGUCACGACCACCAGUCACUGAUGCAGACAAGCUUGGCCCGGCAAGCAAAGGCCGAACUCUACCUCGAGUCAUUACUCUUGGUGGUGAUCACACCAUCACCCUACCUCUGCUACGAUCCAUCAACAGAGCCUACGGGCCUGUAACUGUUAUUCACUUUGACAGUCACUUGGACACAUGGAGGCCAAAGGUCUUCGGUGGCUCGCCCUCAGAAGCCGCAAGUAUUAACCACGGCACAUACUUCUACCAUGCCGCGAUGGAAGGUCUGCUUGUUAACGAUACAAACAUCCAUGCUGGUAUUCGUACCACUCUUAGCGGCCCAAGUGACUACGAUAAUGAUGGUUACUGCGGUUUCGAGAUUGUCGAGGCACGAGAGAUUGACACAAUCGGCACAACUGGUAUCAUUGAAAAAAUCCUCAAGCGUGUUGGACCUGACCGCCCUGUUUACUUGUCGAUCGAUAUCGAUACCCUUGAUCCGGCAUUCGCCCCUGCGACUGGCACUCCCGAGACUGGCGGAUGGUCCACCAGAGAACUCAGAACCAUCAUCCGAGGACUUGAGAGCUUGAACCUCAUCGCUGCCGACAUUGUUGAAGUUGCUCCUGCUUAUGAUACCAACGCAGAGCACACUACAAUGGCAGCCGCCGAUGUCCUUUACGAAGUCAUGUCUAUCAUGGUUAAGAAGGGGCCACUUAGCAGAAUGAUGGAUGGCAAGACACAAGAGGAACUGUGA